CCGGACAAGUCACUUGCUGGUCUUAGAGGCCCAAGACCCAGCAACCCACUAACCCACACUUGAUCGAGCGUUCACGGCUCAUUAAUGCGAAUGUUUUGACUCGAACUUUGGGGUGGACGGGUAUCCCGUUAGUUCUCAAACCACUCGACCAAACAAGCGAGGAUGGAUGGUAGCCUAGUUAAUGUCAUGAAAAUUGACGGUAUAGGAUAGGAGGUUAUCUAAUACAAUAAGAAAAAUCAACCAAUAUUAUUAUGUGAUAACAACAUUUGAGUUGUUCCCACCAACAUUUGAGCCUAGAAGACAAUGGCAUUAAUAGGGAUAUUUAACAACGUAUUCUGCAACUACCCUCUACUUGAUGGCAGUCACACUACUCUGUCCGACUGUCCCACAUCCUUUCUCCAUCUUUCCUCCUGGAAAACUAUUCAACUUGUUCCAAACAAAAAAUAACUAGUCAAGAUAAUUUUGUUGUAUGAUAACAAACAGCUCUACUUGUGAACCAAUAAUCAAACAACCCUCUCUUCUUUGCCUAUAUAAUUACCUCUCCAAGAAUUCCUUCUUCAAGCUACUCCUCCAAUUUUGUUGAGAAAAGGGAAGAGCUACCAUGAAGUUAAGAUCAAUAUGGUCUAUGUUGCUAGCCCUGUUGGCUACAACAUCAUUCGCGAUUGUUGAGAAGCAGACAUAUGUAGUUCACAUGGACAAGACAAAGGUCGUGACCUCAAACCUCAAACAAUGGUAUGAAGGUUUUAUGGAUUCAAUCUAUACCUUAUCAACUGACGAGGAAGAAGAAGAAGGCACAACACCACCUGAACUCCUAUACGUCUACGAACAUGCCAUAUCUGGUUUUGCAGCAAAGCUUUCCACCAAACAAUUAGAAUCUUUGAAAAGAAUGGAUGGAUUCCUCUUCGCCACUGCCGACAAAAUGCUGCACGCCCACACAACUCACACUCCUCAGUUCCUUGGCUUGCAAUUCAACAAGGGGCUGUGGAGUGAGUCCAACUUGGCUUCUGACAUUGUGAUUGGAGUGCUCGAUACUGGAAUUUGGCCCGAACACAUUAGUUUUCAAGACUCGGGCAUUUCUGCAGUGCCCCCUAGAUGGAAAGGCACUUGUGAGAAUGGCACAAUGUUUUCGCCAUUAAACUGCAACAAGAAGCUAAUUGGUGCAAGAUAUUUCUACAAAGGGUAUGAGGCGUCUUUCGGAAGGAUCAAUGAAACAGAUGAGUUCCUGUCCCCUCGCGAUGCAAACGGACAUGGGACACACACAGCGGCUACAGCAGGAGGCAGUGUUGUAAACAAUGCAAGUUUAUUUGGUUUCGCGAGUGGCUCUGCGAGUGGUAUGAUGUACACAUCUAGAAUUGCUGUUUAUAAAGUGCUAUGGGGGAUAGGAGCAGACGGUGGUGGUGCUCCGUCUGAUAUACUGGCUGGUAUAGAUCAAGCUGUUGCAGAUGGUGUUGAUGUGCUCUCUCUGUCUCUGGGAGGCGGACCAAUGCCUUAUUAUCUGGAUGAUGUUGCCAUAGCAUCAUUUGGGGCCAUCAACAAAGGAAUUUCUGUUGUGUGCUCUGCAGGCAAUUUUGGCCCGUCUUUCUUUACUGUUGCCAAUUCCGCGCCAUGGAUCAUGACAAUUGCUGCAAGUUAUCUGGAUAGGAGCUUCUCAACAACUAUCAAACUUGGAAAUGGACAAACUUUUGAAGGUUCAUCUUUGUAUACAGGCAAUGCAACAAGUCAAUUGCCACUUGUGUAUGGAAAGACCGCAGGUGGUGAAGGCGCUGAUUUCUGCACUAGUGGAUCACUCAACCAAACACUUGUCAAAGGGAAGAUCAUUUUGUGCCGAUCAGGUAUAAUUAGCGGAGAAGCAAAAGGAGAGCAAGUAAAAAUGGCAGGGGGUGCUGGAAUGCUCUUAAUCGAAGAACUUUUUGCUCGUUCACAUGUUUUACCAGCAACUUCUACUGGUCUCUUGGCAGGUAGAGCCAUCAUUGAGUAUGUAAACUCAUCUACUAUAACAACGGCUUCCAUCGACUUCCAAGGUACCGUGUAUGGAACCCGUGCACCAAUGAUGGCUGCAUUCUCGUCUAGAGGUCCUAACUCUGUAGGACUUGACGUGAUCAAGCCAGAUGUGACUGCACCAGGGAUGAACAUUUUAGCUGCUUGGCCACCCAUAAGAAGCCCAAGUGGACUCACCAGUGAUAAGAGAAGUGUUUUGUUCAAUAUCAUAUCAGGAACCUCAAUGUCAUGCCCUCAUGUAAGUGGCCUAGUCGCACUACUCAGGUCAUUCCGUAAAGAUUGGUCACCUGCAGCAAUUAAAUCAGCAUUGAUGACAACUGCCUACACUAUGGACAACACGAAAUCCCCGAUUAUUGAUGUUGCGUCUAACUCUCUACCUGCGACGCCUUUCCACUUUGGUUCCGGCCACGUUAAUCCUGAAGCUGCUGCUGAUCCGGGCCUAGUUUAUGAUAUUUCUCCGGAGGAUUAUCUGAACUAUCUAUGUAGCUUAAACUACACGUCUCCUCAAAUAGCUGCAAUAUCAAGAAGUCCUUUUGCCUGUCAGAAAAACUCAACUCUUCAGCCUGGUGACCUGAAUUAUCCUUCUUUUGCUGUGAAUUUUGUGGGCGAAGCAAGAAAUUCAAGUAUGACAUACACAAGGACGGUGACAAAUGUUGGGACCCCAAAUAGUAAUUAUACUGUGCAGCUGGAGGAACCCAAUGGAGUAGCAAUGAUGGUAGAGCCAAAGAUGUUACAGUUUGAAGAAUUGGGUCAGAAACUGAGCUACAAAGUGACUUUUGUUGGGUUCAAAAGAGACGCGAAUGUGAUCUUCGGAUCUCUAGUGUGGGUGUAUGGAAAAUAUGGAGUUAGAAGCCCCAUUGCAGUAACUUGGAGAAAUAUUGGUGGAUAAAAGAACUUCAAAGUGAAUAGAAUGAAACCAGAGACCUGCCAGUCUCUUAUAAAAUAUUGCAUUGUAAUUUGGUUCAGUUGCUUCUAAGUAAUAAAUCUACUAAGCUGCU